AUGGCGCCGCAACGCAGCGCCCGAGAUGCGGGCUUCGACGAGCCAUACCGAGACGAUCCCACAAGCCCCGAAGCGCUUAGCGAACAAGACACGGUGGGCGAUGGCCAGAAUGAGGCCUUGUCCUUCCUGGGAAUCGAUGACGACGCCGAGGUUGAGGACGACGAGACGGGCGACGGCUUGACCACAUACCAACAAAAGCAUUCGUUUCUUCGUCACAUUCCACCUCGGGCGCGGAAGUCAUGCAUUGCGACGGUUCGAUGGCUCAGAGGACCUCAGCCUCCACGAAUAUGGCGCAUUACACCACUUUUCGGGGACGUGCAGACAUACCACCUGAAGUUGUUGGAUCGGUAUGCGCCAAAGAAGAUACAGAAGUUUUGGUUGCUCGUCGGCUUCUAUCUCUUGUGGCUGCUGGUAUUCAGUCUGAUGCUGUGGAAAUCAGCAUUCGCGGGAGACGUCAAGGGAUAUGGAAAACCUGCGGUGCUAAGCUGUUCCACAAAAUUAUGGAGACGGGGAAAUGACUGUGGCCUCAACGGCGAUCUUUGCCGACCAUUCGACAGCAAUGUCUACGCUUUCCGGUGUCCGGCCAGCUGCAGCCAUGAAGAGAUCUAUGAACCUUACGCCGUGGGGAACAAAACCUUCCAGUACCAGAACCUGGUCAUCGGAGGGCCCCCAAAAGGGAGUGAUGAUCUUGAUGAUGCUUACUAUCGCGGUGACUCCUUCAUAUGUAGCGCUGCGAUUCAUGCAGGCUACCUCAGCGACAGAACGGGUGGAUGUGGUGUUGUACGCCUAACCGGCGAACGCGCUGACUUCCCCGCCAGUGACAGAAACCAUGUGAAGAGCGUCGAAUUCAACUCAUGGUUUCCACUCUCCUUCCAAUUCGUCCGAGGCAAGGCGGAAGCUUGCAAAGAUCUACGAUGGCAGAUCUUGGGAGUCUCUCUGACGUUCAGCAUUAUUCUCUCACUCUUUGUCACGAGCCCUUCAAUCUUCUUCUGCUCUAUCUUUGUCGGUCUCUUUGCGCACGUCUCACUGGUUUCCGAUCCACCCCCGCUUUCAAACUACUAUUCUCUCAUCAGUACUGCAUUUGGAAGAUUUUUACCAGCUUCCUUCUGCAUGGCAGUCAUGUACCACGUUGCUAUCCGCCGAACACUAACGGGCUUGACUGCACAGUAUGAGAAGACAAUAUUAUGGCUGGGGGCAUGCUGGGUUGGCGCUCUGAACAAUUACACCUUCGACAAGAUCCCCAUCCAACGUUUGACUCCACACGAUCUCAAGCAGCCCGGAGCCAUACCGGCGUUGAUCAGCAUUAUCUGCAUCAUCAUUAUCAUUGUCCUUGGUCAAGCUUGGUGCUUGCGGGUAGAGGGCAAGUUUUUCAAAUAUCUUUCCAUUUACGCCAUCAUGGGUUCCUUCCUGCUUCUUCUUGUAGCCGUGCCGGGGCUACACGUCAGGAUUCACCACUACAUUCUUGCACUACUCUUUCUACCAGGUACGGCAAUGCAAACUAGACCUUCGCUGUUGUAUCAGGGACUACUUGUGGGAUUUUUUAUCAAUGGAAUCGCCCGUUGGGGCUUCGACUCCAUUGUACAGACCUGGAUGGAAUUACGUGGCGAUGCACCUCUCAACAGUCUCAUCCCUGAACUCCUGCCACCGAUAAUACACAUGAAUGACGGCAUUUUCAACACUAAAUUGCCCAACAUCACGUUCGAGUGGAUUCAGCCUAACCCUGAGCUUGGAUACGAUGGUAUAUCUAUCUUGAUCAAUGAUGUAGAGCGCUAUAAGGGCUACAUUGACGUUGGCGAGGGCAAAUUCGGUGGCAUGAGCAACUUUACCUUUGUUCGAGAGAAAGAGUGGCUCGAUGUUCCUGUAUAUUUUCGCUUUGCUUUUCUGCGUGGUAGCGGGGCGGAGGAUUAUACUAAAGGAGGGACUUGGAACGUCGACGGUACCUGGCUUCCACCACAGCCCGGCUCCGUCCGAUAA